UAUCUUCUCCAUUUGCUGUAAAAGACAUUCCUUUUAUCUCUUCCUUUGCUUAAGCUUUCCAUUUUCAUAAACGUUACUUUCCGGCGAAGCUAAUACUGCCGGUAUCUCAGGAUGUCGGUGUACGACGCGGCGUUCGUUAACACGGAGCUAUCGAAGUCGACGUCGAUUUUCGGGUUAAAACUAUGGGUAGUGAUCGGGAUUCUUCUUGGUUCAUUCAUAGUUUUGACUCUGUUCCUUCUCUCGCUUUGCCUGAUAACCCGCCGCAAAUCUCGCAGACAUCGACACCUGGGCUCCACGCCGCCGGUCUCCAAAGAAAUCCAAGAAAUAGUCCACCACCACCACCACCCGCCGGCGGCACCCGAUCACCAACAUAAAGCCCCGCCGGUGCCGGAGGUCCAAGUGGACACGGGGAAACUGGAGCACAUAUUGGCGUUCUCCAGUGGGGAAAGCAAAGGGCACACGAGCGUGAGCGAGACAACGUCGUUCGGGAGUGGGAAUGUCGGGCCGGAAGUGUCUCAUCUUGGGUGGGGAAGAUGGUAUACGUUGAGGGAACUGGAGUUAGCUACCAGUGGAUUAUGUGAAGAAAAUGUGAUCGGCGAAGGCGGCUAUGGAAUUGUUUAUCACGGCGUUUUGACUGACGGAACCAAUGUUGCUGUCAAAAAUUUGCUCAACAACAAGGGUCAAGCCGAGAAGGAAUUUAAGGUAGAAGUGGAAGCAAUUGGGCGUGUGCGCCAUAAGAAUCUUGUGAGAUUGCUUGGUUACUGUGUUGAAGGCGCUUAUAGGAUGCUUGUAUACGAGUAUGUUGACAAUGGGAAUUUGGAACAGUGGCUGCACGGUGAUGUUGGGGAUGUCAGUCCUCUUACAUGGGAUAUCCGUAUGAAUAUCAUAUUAGGAACAGCAAGGGGUUUAGCUUACCUUCAUGAAGGUCUCGAGCCAAAGGUUGUUCAUCGGGACGUAAAAUCCAGCAACAUCCUACUUGAUCGCCAGUGGAACUCCAAGGUUUCCGAUUUUGGGCUCGCUAAACUCUUGUGUUCUGAACGGAGUUAUGUGACAACUCGAGUGAUGGGAACAUUCGGCUAUGUUGCUCCAGAAUAUGCUUGUACAGGCAUGCUGAAUGAGAAGAGUGAUGUCUAUAGCUUCGGUAUACUUAUUAUGGAGAUUAUUUCUGGGAGAAGUCCGGUCGACUAUAGCCGGCCUCAAGGAGAGGUGAACUUGGUGGAAUGGUUAAAAACCUUGAUCGGAAACCGAAAAUCCGAAGUAGUAGUUGAUCCGAAGCUACUCGAGAUGCCUGCUACAAAAGCGCUCAAACGUGCAUUAUUGGUCGCUCUCAAAUGUGUUGAUCCUGAUGCAACUAAAAGGCCGAAAAUGGGGCAUGUUAUCCAUAUGCUCGAAGCUGAUGAUCUGCUCUUCCGCGAUGAACGCCGGGCUGCAACAGAGCCUUCGGAUUCACAUUCCGGCAAUCGACAAUCCAAUCGCAAUGCUUCGAAAUUAGGUUAGAGAUGAUUUGUUGUAUCUUUAACAAUAAUCUGACAUUAUUCUAUAUGUUUGGUUUGCAUUCCCCCCACAUGUAAUAUACAGUAUGUAUUUGUACAAAUAUAGACCAUAAAAAUAUAUAAGAUAAUGUCUUUAAAUAUAUGUGUGCCAAAUCCAAG